UAUUUGUGAAAAAUGCCAAUCUGUAUAAGACUGUCGCGUUUGCGCUGUUUAUUGUUUAACAAAUUAAUUAAUAUUCAAACAAAAAAGCCGCAAAUUGUUGUUAAUUAAACAAAUAAAUGAAAUAUUCUUAAAUAAACAGUGAAUAUCAAGAAAAUAUAUGGAAAAUAAUUGUAUUAAAUUGGAUUGUGAACCAUUCGCCAAGGAGAUGAAAUGAACUGGAAAAUACAUAUAUCUAAUUGCAGUAAUAAUUGAGACUCCGAAUAUGAAAUUGGAAAAAUUAUAUUGGAAAUAAGUUUGCGUAAUGAAAUUGUAACAAUAGAGAAACUCUAAAUAGCGAGCACUGAAUACAUAAUGUGUGCAAUCUGAAGUCAAAGCAUUUGUAUGUGAAGCUAAAUUUUAACAAAGGAAUUUUGUAAUCGAUCCACUAUCUCUUCAUUUGGUAAUUUGACAUUUUUUCUCAAUGAAAACUGGACUGGUUAGUUCAAUGGUGUAUGCGGUUCAAGCCAACCACGGCCAAGACAAAUAAAGGUGUACGUGCAAUAUACAUAUGUAGGUAUGUACGCUGCGGCUGUUACAGCUACAACAGCGUUGUAGCGCAGAGUUAUUAAAAAUAAAUACAUAUAAAUAGAUAUAGUGUGGCUAAAGACGAAGUGUAAAAACAAGUAGCAGCAGUCAAAGUUGUUAGUGGUUUGCCUCAGUAGGUGUGUGGCAAACUUGAUUUUUACCAGCCUCCCUUUGUUGUCUCUUUAAUAUACACUAGCACUAGAAGCUAAACAAACUAUUUACAAGCUUGCAUUUUAGAUUGCAAGUGUUGCGGCUGCGCACAAAUUAUCUUUGCUUACGAUAUAGCAAUAUUACAACGAUUAACUAUUACUAUCAAUAAAAUAAACAAACUGAACAGUCAGAAAUUUUAGUUGAAUUUCCGCACACUUCGGAAACAGGGUGUAAUUACAGCGUAUAAAUCGAAAAUGCAUCAUCAUCACCCACUUGCAUCAACGCAAACUACCAAUGGCGCCACUUCAGCAAAUAACAAUGCAGCGGUACCCGCACUGCCAAAUGUUGGUAGCAUAAAUGCGGUUAUUGCCUCGGGCAGUGCAAACAAUCCUAAUACUAGUGCCGGAACAUCUCAUGUACAACAGCGGCGACGGAAGAAACGUCCAAACUAUGGUACGCGCACCGUAGAGGUGCGUCGCGGUUAUAAUGGAUUCGGAUUCACCAUAUCUGGCCAGCAACCUUGUCGUCUCUCAUGCAUAGUGUCUAAUUCGCCGGCUGAUCAAGCAGGACUACGCGCUGGAGAUUUUCUGAUUUCAGUCAAUGGUUUAAACGUGUCAAAGUUACCCCACGAAACAGUGGUCCAAUUAAUUGGAAACUCGUUUGGUAGCAUACGUAUGCAGAUAGCUGAGAACUAUUAUUCAGACAGCUCGGAUGAGGAGAAUGCGGCGCUUAUGUUGCAACAACAAACUGCCGUAUCGAGUUUAAAUGGUGUGCUCUCAAAUCAAUUAGGCUUAGGCGUGGGCGGAGUACGUGCCAAACCGCGUUACUUACAUCACAAAGCGAAGAUGCAUCGCUUACGUAAUUCGCCGCAAAAGAAGCGUACAGUAACUUUACAGCAGCAACAACAGUUGGCACGUGCGGAGCAACUAUCAAAGUGUGUGUCUGCACUUAAACCGAUGGAAUUACAAAAACUACGACCACUCAUCGAAGAUCUACCAAUGCCUAUUAACAGCUCAGCUUAUAUGCUGCCCAGCGUUAGUGCAGCAAAAGAAGCAUCAGCAGAUGCCGCAGCUGCAUCAAACUCCGCUGCAGAUUUGGCAAACGUGAAUGCAAUGGCGCGUGCACCCGCCGCUGCCUUAGAAUAUCGUGCCAUUGUCGGUUAUCUGGGUACUAUCGAAAUGCCGAAACAAAUUUCCCAUAGCUCUAAAUUGCAGACGGUACGCUCAUGUAUACGCAAAUUGCGUCAAGAGAAACGUCAACCUAAUAUGGUAUUAAUGACAAUACUACCCGAUUGUCUCCGUCUGCAAGCUGCUAACGGUAAUACACUGGCUAGUUACGCCUCCGAACGCUUAAACUAUGUGAGCUCAUCUUCGGAGAGUGAGAAUCGGUUUUUCGGUUUGGUCACUAGCGCGGUACACACAUCACAUAUGGACGAUGAUGAUGAAGAUGAGGAUGACAUUCAGGCAGCCAACGUUCGCAACGGUCAAGGUGUUGUGGGUGUCGGUGGCGCUGCUGGCAAUAACGGUAAUGCGCACGUUAGUAUCUCAAAUAGCUGUCAUGUCUUCGUUGUGGACACAAAACUAUGCGAACAUCAGACGCAUGUACCGCGUGCAGCCGAAUUUCGUAUUCACUGCACACGCGAUCCCAUAUCCAGUUUGUGUCUGGAGUUUCCAAAUAAUUCAGAAUACGUGGUGAAUCUCAUACGGAGCAUGUAUACAAUGCGCAUAAUGCCACCAAUGGUCAGACAUCAUGCUGCUGAAGAUAUUGUAAAUGGUUAUGGAGCUUGUGUUGCUGGUGGACCCGCAGCUGCGGCGCAUUCUCCUCAACCUAGUAAUCACAGCGAAAUCUCAACGACUACGUCAAAUUCGGAUUCUGGUAUCGGAUUCCACAAUGAUUGCAAUAAUAUAUCGGAUCGCAUAUUAGUUGUAGACUUUCCUGGCGCGCCAGAGCUGCGCAUGCGUCCAAUGGGCGCGCGCCCUUUGGGCAUAUUCAAUAAUUUUGAUAAUGUCACUGAUAAAUGUCCAACCGCACACGCAGUGCCUGAAGAGAAUUCACCGCCACAAAGCGCUGAUGUAGCAUCCACAAGCAACUCACACUGCGCAAAUUCAAGACCAAAUUUACUGGCCUCUUUCAAUCUGAUCAAAAGUCCUGCCACUUCGCUGCAGACAACACGUUCCUGUGACGACGUACUGGCUUUGGUCGAACGCAGCGCAGAUGAUGGUGAAACUGCCACUUUAGAUCAACAGUCUCUCAUAGCUCCACACGCAUCCAUGGAUGAUAUAUCAUUGCACUCUACCGCUCCCUCAGCGUCUGCCAUUAGUUGCUCUGCUGCCGAUGAUCAUCUCUUUUUGCAUCCAGCCGCUUGCAUGUUGGCUAUGCAACAACAAAAGCAACGUCCCACUGCUAGUCAGGUGUACGCGUUGCUGCAGGAUUGUCUUUCACGCGCACGUAAUGCACGUCAAUCACUACCAGCACAUACGACACCCGACGCGUUGCUGAGCGCACAGAAUUGUAACGGAAACUCAUCUGCUGCCGCCACCGCGCUAACUAAACGUCAUUCAAUUGGUUUCGAAGCAUCGAAUAUAACGCCGCCUGUGCCAGCUCUUAAUGUGAGCACUUUCGAGACCAAUACGUGGAAAAGUUUGCAAGAUUUGCGUGAAAAUGAGGAAUCUCUUACGUCUCACCCGCCAGAUGGUAUCAACAGUGAGCCGGAUCUACUGAAUCCAAAUCUCCCCGCUAAUGCCUCACCAUUCCGUCGGGCCUGGGGUCAAUCGUCCUUUCGCACGCCACGCACAGACAAACGCGCCCUCCAACAAUUGCAAUUGCAACAACAAUCCGGCCAGCAUCAGCAUCUCAGUCCACUAGUACGACGCUCAUCAUCGAUGACCGCAUCCGACAAUGAUGUCUAUAUCAAGUCCAUACAUCACACCGACUACCAUGAUGAGCUCAAGCAGGCGCAUAGCCAACAUCAGAUAGCUACAUCGGCGGCAGCUAUAGUUGCCGCAAGAAAUGCGAAUGCAGUUGCCGCGGUAUCAGCCGCUACGCUUGCAACGGCUAAUGCUAAGAACAUCAAGAUUGGCAGUUGCACAAAUCAGCUAAAGAUGCCACAACUGAAGACCACGUCGUCAACAGCCACAGAUAACGGUGUUGGAGGUGUCACUGCUUGGGGUACAGCUUUUGAACGGCUGCUGGAAGACCCUGCUGGUAUGCAUACCUUCGCCGAGUUUUUGAAAAAGGAAUUCUCUGCCGAAAAUAUUUACUUUUGGACAGCUUGCGAGCGUUAUCGUGCCCUGGAAAGCUCUGUUGAGCGUUCAACACAAGCGAUGGCCAUUUUCUCAAAACAUCUGGCCAAUGGCGCCUUAGAGCCGGUAAAUGUGGACUCGCAAGCGCGCAAUCUGACACAAGAGAAGCUGGAGAGUGCUGAGCCGGAUAUUUUUGCACCUGCACAGAAGCAAAUCUUUAAUCUCAUGAAAUUCGACAGCUAUCAACGUUUCAUACGUUCCGAUAUGUAUAAGAGCUGCCUGGAGGCAGAGGAGAAGCGCCAACCGUUGCCGUAUAAAGCUGAAGAUUUAGAUGAGUUGCUCAGAACGCCGGCACAUCAGCCGGUCUCAGUGAGCAGCAUUGUGUCGAAGCUCAAGAAGUCAGCCAGCAACGCAGAGGACCGUUGCCGUAAAAGCUUGUUACCAUGGCAUCGUAAAACGAGCAGCAACAAAGCGCCACGUGAUGGCGCAGAUGCGCCGUCAGAGUGCAAAACAACAACAAAUAAGCUAGCGCCACUCUCCAGUCAUUCGUUGAAAGUAGCGCCAGCCCAAAAUUCUCAAAGCGACAUACACAGCUCACGCUCUUCACUCUCCUCCUUCGAUGGCUUGCCAGGUGCUUCCAUAUUGCCAGGCACUUGCCGCGUCAUCUUGAGUGAUGCCUCUACAACCAUGGUGCAGGCGCGCGCCAACGAAACGGUUGGCCAGCUGGUCGAGCGUUUGUUGGAGAAGCGUGGCCUGAGCUAUCAAUAUUACGAUGUGGUGGCGAAAGGUACCACCAAAUCGAUUGAUUUGCAAACUUCAUCACAAACGCUCGUUGGCAAAGAAGUGAUGAUUGAGCAGCGAGUCGCCUUCAAAAUGGAUUUGCCCGACCGCAAGGUAAUCUCUGUGAAGAGCAAACCCAAGAAACAGUUACACGAGGUGGUGUGUCCCAUACUGCAUAAAUACAACUACGACAUAGAAGAGGUACAGGUGGUGAUGCGUGAAACGCAGGAGCCAAUUGAUUUGUCACUAACUGUGACACACGCCGAUGGUCAGCGUUUACAAGCCUUGUGGCUGAAGCCACCACCAUUACUGCAGUGUAAUGACUAUCAAAAUGGCAAUGGUUGCGCACCGAAAGUAGCAAAGGCUUCCACAUCGACAAAAAGUGUAUCCUUUCCGAGUGCAUUGAAGCAAGCAAAUGGCGGCGCUUUGCGCUCAACUGCUGGCAAUAGCAUUAAUGUGUCGCAUUCGACACAAAGUGCCCUGGAUGAGAUAACAAACAAAGUAUUUACCGAAUUGAUGCAGGUGAAAGUGGAAGCAGCCAGCGCGGAAAAAACACAGCCAUUAGCCGCGCACAAUGGCAAAGUCAACGAUCACGCAUCGCUUAAGUCUGAUGACUGCGCUUCAGAGACGUCAUCGAUUUUUGAACGCAUACGUCGUCGUGACAACAAUAUUCAAAGUCUCAAAUUGAAACUGAAGAAGCGUUCAACCAGCAGUCAGCAUUCGGAGGAAACAAACCAAAGCUGUCACACAACAGCCAGCAAUGGUCAAUUGCCGGCGCCAACGGCAGUAAGCACUACGGUGUUAGACAUUAAGAAACCAAUCAUAGCUAAAUUAAAAGCGGGUGUGAAACUACAAAUGCCAGAGCGAGUAGCUGAAAAUCAAGAUGAACUACUCGAAGGCCUGAAGCGCGCCCAACUCGCCCGCUUAGAAGACCAACGUGGAACUGAAAUUAAUUUCGAACUACCCGAUUUUUUAAAGAAUAAAGAAAAUCUCAACGCCUCAAAGUUGCGAAAAGCACGCGCAAAUCUCAGUCCCAUAAACAAGCCACCCACACAAAUUUCCGUAGCAGCUACAGAUGAACAACCCGCACAAACAGCACCACAACCAACACUGCAAGAACGUCCACAACCCGCACCACGUCUAUCCAUAACAAAUAAACUCAAAGCAAACACAACAGUAUCGCCCUUAAAGCAUGAACCAGAUGCGCCUGCGCAAUCCAAUACACUUGAGGUACGCCAAACAGAGCCGGCAACACCGUUAACAGCGAAUCCCACAAGCGCAAUAUUGGAAUCUGAGUACGCUGCUGCAUUAGUGGGAACUAACAGUUGCAAGGGUCCACCACCAUUGCCACCCAAGCCUAAAGUAUUGCCCAUUAAGCCAUCGAAUUGGGGUGCUGCCGCAAGUAUGUCCAACUCAUCCGCAGCUUCCACGCCCACAACACCUUCAACAACAAGUAUACCCACAUUACCCACUCCGACACAUAAAAGUUUUACAACAGUUGGCUUGACUAAUAGCGUUACAACCAAUGUGGAAGAUGCGCCAUUGAUGUUACAUGUGUCGAGCAAACAUUUUACACCAAAUGAAAUAGCCCCACGUAAGACGCAUUUAAGUAUCGCAACUGAGCAGCCCACGUCAGCGCGUUGUGCUUAUCUUGAAGAGCCGAGUAGCAGCUUCGUUUGAGAAAGAGUGAAUGAGAGAGAGAGAGAGAGAUGUAUUCUAUAAUGGCUUCCACACCCCAUUCCAUUCUCCCCUUUGGCCAAACCCUUUUCCACAUGAUUUUUUAAGUGAUAUAAAAUAUAAAAUAAAAUAAAAUAAUUACGUAACUUUAUAUAUUUACAUAAUACAUAUGUAUAACAUGCACAAUAAUUAUUUAUUAGCAUAUUUCAUUUUAAUCUCCUGAUACUACU